AUGGAAUGUGUGGGCGAAAAAAAAAAAUUUUGGUCAAGAAAAAGAGAGAGAAAGGGAAAGAAAGAACGAAAGAAGAAAUCGAAUGGAAUGAAAAAAAAAUAUGCUCACCUUAUUCUUGAGGUGGAUUGUUUAUCUUUUUCUUUUUUUUUUUUUUGGGUUUGCUUUCUAUCAAGCACAACACUAAUGUCACUUUGUUUGAUUAGAUUACAAGAAGAAAGGAAACAGUGGAGGAAAACUCAUCCAUUUGGAUUUUUCGCAAAACCAAACAAGGCUUCAGAUGGAUCCUUGGACUUGAAGCAUUGGACGGCUGGAAUACCAGGCAAGGAAGGAACUAUAUGGGAAGGUGCUGUUUAUCCGGUGACACUUGAAUUCCCUGAUGAAUAUCCUUCUAAACCACCAAAGGUCAAGUUCAGACCAAAGUUUUAUCAUCCGAAUGUAUACCCUAGUGGGACUGUGUGUUUGAGUAUAUUGAAUGAACUGCAAGAUUGGAAGCCGGCCAUCACGUUGACACAGAUACUUUUAGGGGUGCAAGAGUUAUUAGACACACCAAACAAAGAAUCACCUGCUCAAGAGGAUGCAUAUAGACACUUUGUGCAUGAUAUGAACACCUAUGUGAAGAGAGUCAAAGCAGAGGUUAAAAAAUAUAUGACUCAAGAAUGA